AUGUCUGCUUUCAAUCAGUUAAGAGAAGAUUAAUAUAAAAAUAACUAUUCUUAAAAAAGCGUAAUAGUUGUAGGAGCAGGACCGUUAGGUAUUUUAUCUGUGAGGUAUUUAUCAUAAGAAACAGAUCUUAAUACUAUUUGCUUUGAAGCUAAAAAUAAUAUAGGUGGCAUGUGGUACUUAGAUGAUUAUGACAGAUUAGAUAGCGAAAUUAACACCUCUAAAAAUGCUUUUAUACGUGAUAAUGGAUAUGUCUAAAGCUCACUCUAUGAGAAUUUAAGACUGAAUAGUGUUAAAAUGAAAACUAUGUAUAAGGGGUAUCCUAUUCCUAAAGAAUUCCAUGAAUACAUGAAAUAGGAUGAGUUUUUAUAGUAUAUGAGAGGAUUUGCGGAUAACUAUGGACUUAAAAAUUAUAUAUCUUUUGAAACUUAUGUUAAUUAUGUCAGACUUGUUGGGAAUAUGACCUAAUCUGAGAAAGAAUAAAUUCCAAUUAACUUAACAAAAAAAUUUUUAGUUGAAGUAGUUUCAUACAAUAAUUACGAAAAAGAUGUCAGACACUUUUAGGCAGAUUAUGUAAUUUGUUGUUCGGGACAUUAUUCAAAGCCAAAUAUAAUUAAGAUUCCUAACUAAUAAAUAUUUGAAGGCAAAAUUGAUCACACCCAUCACUUUCGUGAACGCGAUGGAAAAUAACUUGCUAACAAAAAUUUAGUUAUUAUUGGAUAAAAUACAUCUUGUUAAGAUAUUUUCUCCCUUCUGCUUUUUGAAUCUGAAAUAACUCCUAAAAAAAUAACAGUAAUAGGUAGAAACAGUGUUUAACACUUGAAAAAUGCCACUUCACUUUAAGAAGUUAUUAAAAAAGGAUUAAUAGAAUUCAUUUAAGAUGAAUGCCAAGAAUUCAAUUCAAAGAAUUCCUUAUUGCUUAAGAGUGGUAAAAUAAUAGAAAACAUUGAUUCAAUUCUUCUUGCCACAGGUUAUCAAUUUUGUUUCCAUUAUUUAAAUAAGUUCAAUCAUAUAGAUAAUUGUAUAGAAUAUUAUGAAAAUAACAGAUCUAUUGGUCCUCUUUAUAAUAAAAUAAUAUCAAUAAACGAACCUAAUUUAAUUUUCCUAGGAAGCAUAAAUGGUAGCAGCUAACAGCACUAUGAACGCUAAGCUAUUUAUUCUACACAUUACAUCCUUGGAAAAUUAACACUACCAACCAAAGAAGAAAUGAUGCAAGAUUUUGAAGAUGAAUUAAAAAAAAAUGGAGGUAAAAAGGGAUAUCUUGGAAUACUCAAGCUUCCAAAUUUUACAUCUAACCAUGACUAAUAUGUGAAAAAGUUAUAUAGAGAUAUGAAAGGUAUCGAAUUUGAUGAUGAGUUAUAAUAGACUUGGUUAUUAUAUGCAAAACUUUAUGAAAAGCAUUCUAAUGCUGGAAACUAUUAUGAAAUGAAAUUCGAAGAUCUAAGCCAAAUGCCAACACGUGACUAUGUUCCUAAAUUAGGACUUUUCUGA